AUGGAAGCAGAAGACAGAUCACUGCAGGUUGUGCGUCGUUCUCCCAUUCAGACUCCCCAUCUCUUCUCCAACACCCCUCCGCCAUUCCGCUCGAAUUCUAGCACAUGGCCUACGACACCACGCCAAAAUGCUUCCACGACAACUACCGAAGUGUCUUCAAACCAGAGCUCGAUCCCCGCUCCCACAACCGCUCCCACAACCGCGGCUGCCUCGAGGACUUCGCUGCCCGAACCCUCACCCCAGCCUGACGCCUUCCGAGACGCUUUAGUGCUACCGAAGACCAAGAGAAACACAGUCUAUGUAUACCCAUACAGUGCGUCCGAUAUCGGGGAAAAUCACCAUGAACGAUUCCGCACCGUGGUCGAGAUGUUCAAGCAAAACGUGGAAAGCGACAAGAAACUUAAGAUGCACGUCUCGGAGAUAGACUAUAUGCUAAAGAAAUGUGGACCGUCGCCCAAGGAAGCUCAUCCAUCUAUACUUGUAUGCUGCACAGAGAGGGUCUUUCGUGACCUCGAGCGACUGCUGACCAGUCGACACCUGACGAAGCAAUAUUAUCUUCCGGAUCCACGGCGUCUGGGACGUUGGCGAGCAAACAUAAUAGACAACGGAGCUGGCGCACAUAUCCCGAGAUUCAAGAUAUACUUUUGGCGUGGAACGCCAAAUAGGACCCUGCUCUGGGCGAGCCGUCUCGCCGACGGGCUCCAGAUCCGACAGCCAGAGGGCACUGGUAACCUUCCAUGGUCGGAUUUGACAAUGUGCGGAUCGAAAAUUACUGGCUAUGACGGAUCCAGUGCGACAAUAGCCUGUCUUUUGGAGGUUGAUUCGAACACGUAUGGGCUUACAGUCGCCCAUGCUUUUGCGCACUUGGUUAGCAGUUUUCCGGAGAAAGGUGAGCCUCCGAACGGUGGCCACAACCGUCAUGUCUCAGGUCGAUCAUUUAGCGAGUUCGGCUUCCAUGACGAUUGUUUUGCCGUCAACGAUAUCGAGUACGAGUCAACCGAAGAAGGCGACACUUUAAGCGACUCCACUGGGGUCACUGUUGUAGCUGUACCAGAUUCGGAAAAAAGGUUUGGGGUCGGUCAAGAAGAAGAACGGUCCGUGGUCUUGCAUCUGAAGGAUGAUGGAGAUCCGAGCAGUCCUGAUCUUGAUUGGGCCUUAGCGGAGGUUUCCAAUGGGCAGAGUAGAAAGCCCAAUUUCUGUCUAUCUACCGAAGAUCCUGCAAAUCCUAGAUUGUUACAUGAAGUUGCGGAGCAGCACCCUGGGGCGGAGAGAGAAGUUCUUAUCAUCCGUUCAAUCCAUUGUCCGCGUCGAGGCACGUUGCUCCCUGGGAGCUCCUUCAUUGGCGGUAUAAAUCGCCCAAGUCCAUGUGAGGCAUGGAAUGUCGCGUUCGCAGGCGAACAUGGGUUGGAAAAAGGGGACUCUGGGUCUUUAGUCGUGGACUUAAUCACCAAUCAGAUCUAUGGUUAUGUGGUAGGUCUGAAUCCCCUCGGAGAAGCCUACAUCAUGCCCAUGAUGGCUACAAUACGCCAAGUGAAAGAGGCAUUUGGAACAGAAAAUGUGUCUAUGCCUGAUCCGAGUUCCCGUUUCACGGAGAUGGUCGAGGGGUCACCUAUUGCCUCACUGAGCACGCGCUUUUCCUCACUCCAGCAGUCCUCGUGUGAUCAGGAACCCCCAAGUCCAGUUACAUCACUAUCAUUUGAGUCUCAUAGUACGCAACCGGAAUGGGACUCGUGGCAGCCAGCUGCUGCUCAUAUUACCAAUGCGGUCGCGGUCUCCUCUUUUUCUUUACACCGAAGAGGCCCCCUCUCGACUAUCUCUUACCCAGAGAAACCCGCGGUUCCUCAAGAGGGCAUCUUGGUAUUUGAAGAGACACUCCAGAUCCCAACGACUGGCAGCCCUGUGGGUGGAAUUUGGACACAGUCGAGCUUCGCGCUAGACAACUUCAAUAUCGCUAAAUAUAGACGCCGUUUCGACAGAACAUUCAGGCCGGUAAUAGACAAGGACAUUAACGGUGCCUGCCACUGUGAAUACGAUGUCAGCAGUCGCGGGAUUAGUCCUAAAGUUUCCUGGGCCUGUUUCAAGAUCAAGGAAGUGAGGGGAGCAAGUGAUUACGUUUGGAGACAGCCUUGCAUCCAUGUAGAGUGGGACUGCCAGACUGGCCGUCAACUCAUAUUCGUCUUCGAUAUUUUCCAUCCUACGACUCCCGAUACCGCAAAGCGUUUCUUGGACCGUAGCCCGGACUACGAAGAGCGAAUGAUUAACCCGUUCGUAUGGCACAGGAUCUUCUCACACGAGGUUCUCGAAAGAUACGACACCGCGCUAUGGUCAUUGCGGGACCUCGUCCGCAAGCAAGAAAAGGCAUGGCCUGUCUUUGCGCCCUUCAACGCUUUGUACUACAUGGCGGAACAGGAUAGAAGCAUCCAGAGUGAAGCUGCAUUCACACCCCUCCAUGACAUUGCCCGGCAUCUCUUUCACUACCAAGAGACAAUCGAAGUAGCAGAACAAACACUGCAGGCACUGGUCAAUGAACAAGAGCGCUGGCGACAAGAAUGUGCUGAGAUAUUCCGCAACAAUGACAUUCUUAGACCAUGGCUUAAGACGCAGCAGGGACUUUGCUUUGAAAUGAGGAGGGCUCACACUUUGAAGAUGAGGUUACAUUCACUGAGUGAAAGGCAUAUGAAUGAAAUCAGCCUGGCUCUCAAUCUUGAAUCUCAGUCUCUACAUCGGAGUGCAAAAACAGAUAGUAGCAGCAUUAUGGCGAUUACUGCUGUGACAAUGUUCUUUUUGCCAGGAACCUUUGUCGCCACCAUAUUUAGCACGAACUUCUUCGGCCCUGCAUCAAGCACGUGGUCCGCGUCUUCGGAGUUCUGGCUCUACUGGGUCACAACAAUUCCCUUGACCGUGGUCACGAUCCUUAUUUGGACGUUUUGGCAGUACCGAGGGAAUGUCUCAUUGAUGGGAGCUUCUGGAAAGAACCUGAGGGCGAGACGUGAUGCUGAUGCUCUAGAUGGAGACAUGGAGAGGGCGGUUCCGAUGCGCUGGGUGAGAGCGAAAGAUUUAGAGAUUGGGGCAUAG